UGGUGGAGUUGUGAGAGAGGAGGGGAAGGGUGGAGCCUGGAGGAAUUUAAAUUUGAAUUUUUUGAAUUCUGAGUGUAAUUUUGGCAGUUUUUGGGCACAGCCCACAGGUGCAGUUGAGAGAGAGCAUCUUUUUGUGGAUACUGUAACCGGACACUCUUCUUUUUAACCAUUCAAAAUGACAAGUCUAUGAGAGACUACUUACGUUUGAAACAAAAGUUUUGAUUUAAACUAAGAUCAGAUCGAAUCAUCCAUUUUCCCAUUUCUAUUUUUGUAGCUUAGCAUGCAUGAGUACUAGAAUCAUGAAACAACCUUCUUUGGGUUCCAGACGCCACCAACAAGAUGAAGAACAACCUGAGUUCAACUUCUCAGAUUGGGGUCUCAAGGCCAAAAUCACCCGCGAAAACACCAAUUCCAGAAGGUUUUCUGCUUCUUACAUCACAAGUUUCAGGGAAGAAUAUGCCAAUAAGUCUUUCAGAUCAAACCUCACCAUUUCCAGCACUGCUUCGUCUCCGGGAUACAACUUGAAAGAGGAAAUUGACCCUUCAACGUAUUCUUUCACCACUGCCCUUAAAGCUUUGCAGGCUAAGACGGUGUAUAGCUGGGAAUAUAUGUCGCCGGAGGGAUUGGCUUUGAACUCGAAGUGGGAUGAAGCUGAGAAAUAUAUAUGCAACCCCUUAUCCGGUGAAGUGCCAAUGGAAUGCCUGUCUGCAAAAACGCUCAGCGGCAGAUCAUUCCGGCAGCUUACCAGCCGGAUUACAAUGUCUGCGCCGCUCAUUUUUCCGGCCAGACCGGCGGCUCCGGCCAAGCCACCCAUGCCGCCUCCUCUUGAAAUCAAUCAACCCCACUCUCCCAUUCCCACCCAAGAGAAGAAGAUUGGCGUGACUAGAGAUGUGGGAACUCAAAGCACUCCACCACCACCUGACCUUGGUUCAAGCAGCAGUCCAAGCCCUGCACCCACUCCCUCCAUUGAAGAAAGGUCCAUCAACCGCCAUGCCAGUGAAUCACCUUCCUCCUGUGCAAAACCAAAAUCUGAGGAAGAACAAGAAGAAGAAGAAGAAGAGACGACAGAAGAACUGAAAAGCGGGACGAGAGAGGAAGAAGAGGUCACGGGUAGAGAUGAGUUGGAAGAGAAAGCGAAAGCCGAGAAGGAGAAGGAGAAGGUUAGGAGCAGCAGGCAAGGAGGGUGUUUGUCAUGGAGGAGCUUUCUAUGGAUGAGAAAAAGGCAAAGGCGUAGAGAGAAACAUAGGCCAAGGAAGAAGAACAAUAUCUUUCUUUGCCCUAUUCAUGAAUGCUAGAAAAAGUUUUCAACCAAAAAAAAAAAAGUAUUUUGCUGGGAAAAAUGUACACAUAAAAAAGAUUCUCAUCAUUUUCCACCUAUUAUUGUUGUCUCUCUUGUUUCUCGAGCAUAAUCAAUGAUGCAAAGGUCGAUCGAGUUAGGUAAUUAAGUCUUAGCAAGGUUAGGGUGGAUUUGUUAAUUUCUUGCUGAUAACACGAUUUGGAGUUGGAUCC